UGCUUUUCUCCAGUUCCACAUGUUGAAAUUGUGUUUCUUCAUCUGUUUGAUAUACUGCGUGCAAUCAGAUGAGGAGACAGAAUGCCCUGAAUUUACAGAUCUUAAUAUAGGCAAUGCUUUGUCUGGAACAGAACUCCAAGUCCAGCUACUUCUGUACACGAGAGAAAAUCCAAAUUGUUCUGAGAGACUCAUUGAACACAAUGUUACUGCAUCUAAGUACUUCAAUACCUCCAAGAAAGUUGUCUUUGUUAUUCAUGGCUUCAGACCAACAGGAUCUGCACCAGCAUGGCUAGGUGAUAUGAAGAAGCUCUUACUGUCUUCAGAAGAUAUUAAUCUUAUUAUAGUUGAUUGGAAUCGUGGUGCUACAACUGUGAAUUAUGUAACUGCUGUUGAAAACUGCGGAAAAGUUGCAGAAAUACUGAAGACCUAUAUUGACCAGAUGCUGGUAGGUGGAACUUCUCUUGACACUAUGUAUAUAAUUGGUGUUAGUCUUGGGGCUCAUAUAGCUGGUUUUGUUGGGCAGAAGUAUAAUGGCAAAAUUGGCAGAAUUACAGGUCUUGAUCCAGCAGGCCCUUCAUUCACCCGACAACCACCUGAGUGGAGGCUGGAUCGCAGUGAUGCACAAUUUGUUGAUGUAAUCCAUUCAGAUACUGAUGCACUAGGUUUCAAGAAACCUUUAGGAACCAUUGAUUUCUAUCCAAAUGGAGGAAUGGAUCAACCUGGUUGUCCACAAACACUGUUCGGUGGAAUUGAGUAUUUUAAGUGUGACCAUCAAAGAGCUGUGUUCCUCUUCUUAUCGUCUUUGAAAGGAAAGUGCAACAUAAUAACAUAUCCCUGUGACUCUUAUUUGGAUUACAAGAGAGGAAAAUGUCUUGAUUGUGAAGCUUUCCAGCCAAUGUCCUGUCCAGUACUGGGUUAUUAUGCUGAUAGAUGGAAUAAAGUGUUAAUCCCAAAGAGUUCACCAACGAAAGCUUAUUUUGAUACCUCAGACCAAGACCCAUUCUGCAUGUAUAACUAUAUCCUGUAUAUUACUACCUGGAAUAAAAGUAUUAGGAGAGGUUUCAUUAAAAUUAAAAUAACAGAUUAUGCUGGAAACACAGUAGAAUCGGAGAUGAAUAGUGAAGCUUCAACAUUUCAGCAAUAUAAAAGAGUCAAAAUACUAGCUGGAUUUCAUCAAGACCUUGACAAAAUAUCAAAAAUUUCCUUGACCUUUUCUACGAAGACUUUGAUAGGCCCAAAGCACAAGCUUAGAAUUCUCCAAAUGAGGCUGAAAUCUCUUAAUAAUCCAGAAAGGCUGCAGCUGUGCAGAUAUGACUUUGUACUAAUGGAGAACAUUGAACUGACCUUCAAACCUAUCCCUUGUCUAGAGACGGAUACAUGA